UCGUUUCUUUCUUCACUUUCAGAUACCUCGCAAGAAGCAGCAGAAACAGAGUUUGUUUCACCCAAAGCACAUCCACCUCAGCUCUACACCUACAAUUGCUCUAUCUCUUGAAAGUCCCUGCUAUUUGACACACAUACAACCAUGGAAGAACUUGGUAUCACAACAAAUUCGAUAAAUCCACCAAUAAUAAAUGACAAGUCCAAUUUGCCAGUAAACACAUCCUCACAACAGCAACAGUACCAGCAACAGUACCAACAGGAUGUUUACUUGACUUUGAAAAAAUUGCAAAAGCAGUUGGAAUUAUUGUCAUUGCAAGAAGUCUAUAUUAAAGAUGAAUCCAAAUUUCUUAAAAGAGAAUUGAUUAGAGCUCAAGAAGAGGUAAAAAGAAUUCAAUCGGUUCCUUUAGUUAUUGGUCAGUUUUUGGAACCAAUUGAUUUUCAAACUGGUAUUGUGUCUUCGACCACUGGAUCAAAUUACGUUGUCAAAAUAUUAUCGACUUUAAAUAGAGAAUUAUUAAAACCUUCAUCAUCUGUUGCUUUACACCGUCACUCAAACGCCUUGGUUGAUAUCCUACCACCUGAAGCUGACUCUUCAAUUGCUUUAUUAGGGAAAGAUGAAAAGCCCGAUGUCACUUAUAAUGAUGUUGGUGGUUUGGAUAUGCAAAAACAAGAGAUUAGAGAAGCCGUUGAAUUACCAUUAACUCAAGCUGAACUUUAUAAGCAAAUUGGUAUUGAUCCUCCAAGAGGUGUCUUAUUAUAUGGUCCUCCAGGUACAGGAAAGACAAUGCUAGUUAAGGCUGUUGCUAAUAGCUCAACUGCUUCUUUCAUAAGAGUUGUUGGCUCUGAAUUUGUUCAAAAAUAUCUUGGUGAAGGUCCAAGAAUGGUAAGAGAUGUCUUUAGACUAGCUAAAGAAAACUCACCUUCUAUUAUCUUUAUUGAUGAAAUUGAUGCAAUUGCAACAAAAAGAUUUGAUGCUCAAACUGGUGCCGAUAGAGAAGUUCAAAGAAUCUUGCUAGAAUUAUUAAAUCAAAUGGAUGGGUUUGACCAAACUUCCAAUGUAAAAGUCAUAAUGGCCACAAAUAGAGCUGAUACUUUAGAUCCUGCUUUAUUGAGACCUGGUAGAUUGGAUAGAAAAAUCGAAUUUCCAAGUUUGAAAGAUAGAAGAGAAAGAAGACUAAUCUUCCAAACAAUUGCGUCUAAAAUGAGUCUUGCUCCAGAAUGCGACUUGGAUAGUUUAAUCGUUAGAAAUGAUCCCCUUAGUGGUGCUGUUAUUGCUGCCAUCAUGCAAGAAGCCGGCUUGAGAGCUGUCAGAAAAAACAGAUACGUUAUAUUGCAAAAUGAUCUUGAAGAAGCCUACACAAGUCAAGUAAAGACUGGUAGUGAUGUUGAUAAAUUCGACUUCUAUAAAUGAUUCCACAAACUAUAUUCUUUUAUUUCUUAUAUCGUAACUUCUAGUUUUUUUCUCAUCUAUAGUUUUUCAUUUCAUAGAUCAAAGAUUAAUCAUAAUGUACUCUUCUGUCUCAUUUCCUCCUUUGUCUUUUCUACUCUUUUACUCUCACUAUUUACCAUUUUCUGUUAAGCGCUGAGAUGAGCGUUUAAGGUUUGAUCUUCAUCUUUUUUCUUCACCACUCUUCUUUUUAUUUCUUUAUUUCUUUCUCGC